UUCUUUUCUUCUGCUUUUUAACGUUAUAAAGUUAUAAAAUGAGUAAUAUAAAAAUACAGAGCAUUGCUAUAAUCGGUAAACAGAAUAAUCCAUUAUAUAUUAAAAAUUUUAGUAAAUCUCAUCCUGAUUUAAAGUUUCAUUAUAUUGCUCAUACAUCUUGUGAUGUUAUUGAUGAAAGAGCUGGCGCCGCUGGACCUGAACCGGAUGAUACUUAUCUUGGAUUAUUAUAUGCGUUGGAAGAUUUAGCUGUGUACGGAUAUGUAACAAACACUAAAGUAAAAUUUGUGGUGGUUCUUUCGAUUCCUGAUGCUGUAAUUAAGAAUAUGGAUAUGAGAAAUUUAUUUAAGAAAAUUCAUAAUGUAUAUAUCAACCAAGUUUGUAAUCCAUUUUAUAAUUUAGAUGGGAAAAAAUCAAUUGUUAGUAAAAAAUUUGUUGCGUCUAUUGAUGCUAUUGGAUCAAUGUCUUCUGAUGAAGCUGUUAAUCCAUAAAAAAAUAGUAGGAAAAAAAAAUGUAGUUAUAAUUAUUUAACAUGGUUAAAGAAAGAUGUUUCAAAUAAUAGAUGUAAUAUUUUAUUUAUUAAAUAAUAAUAUGACACUCACUUUUUGGAAAAACACCAAAAAUCAACCAAAAGACUUGUUCAGGUGUGAAUUUUUUUUAGAGAGAAAAGAAAGGUGUUAUGUGAAAAAAAUCAUUGUAUAGGAUUUUCCCGCAGAGUUU